AUGACGGAUCCUCUCAGCGCCGCCGCAAGCAUCGUCGGCAUUGUUAUGCCCGCAUUGCACAUUUCUCGGCUUCUACUCGAUGACCUGAAAGCAAUCAAGGAUGCGCCCACCAACAUCAAAACUCUGACCGGCGACAUUGAGUCCCUGGACAUGGCGCUUACCUCUAUCAAGAGUAUCGAGGAUAAUGAAUGGGACACCCUUGGGCCCGGUGUACUACAAAAUGCAAAAGCGACAAUUACUUCCAGCGCUGAUAUUUGCAAGAGAUUCAGCGCGGAUGUUCAGCGGUGGACCAGCCGCUCCAAAGACGGCAGUCUGUCAUGGGUCGAUCGAUCCAACAUCGGUUUCCUCAAAAAGACUCGCCUCACGUCGAUGAGCGGAGAAAUUCAAACUUGCCAAACCAAGAUCACCUCCGUGGUGGGCAUCGCAACUUUCCUCAAGACCAUUCGUCAAGGUCAGAGUACGGAAGAAAUCAGACAGUUAAUUAUGGUCAAGCAGGGUGAAUUAGUCACUGCUUCGCGAGAAGGACAGACCGAAGUUGCGCAGCUGGAAGACCAGCUGAAAGUAUUGAGCAUAGUCAGCGCCCCCGAGGAUGAAGAAUAUCAAGAAACUCUGAAGCAGUUGAAAGAACAGCAAAAGACACUCGCAGCUUCCCAGAGACUGAUUGAAGAGUUGGUAAAAAAGCUUCAGGAGUCUACCAGACAACCUACCAAAGACGGAGAUCACUCGAUAUAUGUCACGUUUGGAGGCGGGAACAAUGGAAUGCAGAUGGGAGUCAACCACGGUGCGAUAAAUUUCACUCCAAAAGCGAGGAGCGAGCUUGAGCAGUGA